AUGGUACAAUCUGAAAAUGAUAGGGAUUUGAUCUUGCAUUAUUUUGAUGUGUAUAAUGCUGAAGUUAGACAAUUCUUCCAACCUUUAUCGUUUGAUCAUUAUGAUCUUAGAGGCUCGCACGUACAUGCUGAUAGCAGAGUUAGAAGGCUGGAAGAGAAAUCUCACAAUGCCAAUGAUAACGAAGAUGAGAGUGAAUAUGAAAAUGAAGAUGAAAAUGAACAAGGAUAUGAAGAUGAACAAGAAGAUCAACAUGAAUAUGAACAUGAAACUAGUUAUUCUGAUGAAAGAGAUAUGAAGAGAGAAAUUCAGUCCUUUGGUAGCUUCUGGACUGCCUCAGAAAAAGCCGUAUUUUUUCAUUUUCUAGCGAGAUAUUCAAUUCAUAAAUUGGAUGAGUGGAGGGGAAAGUUGCCUUACAAGUCUAAGUUUGAGAUUUUGACAUACUUUGAAGUCCUGAAGAAUAAUUUAGCUGAGUUGAAGCGGUCCAGAAUGAAAACUUUUGGUGGCAUAUUGUCCAGGAUGGAUUUGCCAAUCGCAUACGAGGUGGAUGAAUGCUUUCUGUCGUUUGAUGAGAAUAUGAGUCACACAAUAAGAUCAGAAUUGGAGCCUCAUGCCGCCAGUACCGAGCAGGACAAUGAAGACGACGAACAAAUGAUAUCCUUCCAAAAUUGGAACAAGAGAUGGAAAUCUCUUUACUCGAAAGCCAAUGUUGAGGAGAUUCUUCCGAUGAGUAAUAACCCAUUGCCGCUAUCUGAAAAAGCGAUGGCAUUUUUAGUUGAAUGUUGUAAGAAUUACGCAAGAAAACUCGUAUGGGCGACAAUACUGAUAGACUUUGAGAAAAAAAGUAUAUUCAAGGAUGCAAUUUUUGGCGCUCAUCCAAGUACAAUUUCUGACGAUGAUGAUUUGGUGGUGAGCCACUCCCAGAAAACUAAGAUAUCGCCUCAUAUAGUGACAGAGGAUCAUGUCUCAAAAGCAAUAAGCUACAUGAAAAUGGACGGUAAAUAUGCGCCAACCCUAGCAGAUACUGUCUUGCAGACCCUAGAUAAAUUUGAACUCAAGUAUGACAACGAAGGUAAACUGUUCAAGAAUAAUAAAGUUACGAUGUCUCUCCUUCCAAGUCUUCUUCAGAAUGCAACCCCACCAACAGUGUUUUUCGAAGACAGCAAGAGUACCGAGAAUACGAGUAACGACGAUCAGAACCAGGCUGAUCUAAUAGUUGCAAAAAAACUGUACAAAUUAAAUGGCGGUAAGCCAACAAAGAGAAGAAAACUUUCAGAUGAUGAUAAUGACACCUUUAUUGCAGACGACGAAUUCAACCGCAUUGACAAUCCGCUAGAAUUACACUUAUGUGAUUGGGAAGCGGAACUAAUGGACGCCCAAGACCAGCAUGCAUCUCAGAUAUACCAACACACAUUGCUGACGUAUUUCGCGAGAAUUCUUCCAGGCGCUGACACAAACGCUGACACAAAAACUGUCGCCGAAAGUAAUAAUGGCGACAUCGAUGUACAAAAAUCUAUCAUCCUAGAGUCACCGCCAUCAUGGCAGUAUGGAGCCCCUUCGGAAUACUCAGAUUUAAUAGUUGAUCAAUUACCACCUUCCAUUAUCAAUAGAUUUUUGUUUUCCAACACGUGA